AGUAUGUUGCGCCGCGAUCUCAGUGAAGUUAUCGCUCCAAGCGUAAUGUCUAUUCUGGUAAAGCUGAAAAGGUGUCUUUUGGAUUUUUAAUUUUUCGAUCGCUCGUAUGAUGAGCCGAAAUAGAGGAAACGCUCAUUAUGAUGGAAAAAUAGCUGGUUUGUAUGAUUUAGGAGAUACUUUAGGUCGCGGCCAUUUUGCCGUUGUCAAAUUAGCUAAACAUGUUUUUACUGGGGAGCAAGUAGCCGUAAAAGUAAUCGACAAAACUAAACUAGAUGAUGUAUCAAGGGCCCAUUUAUUUCAAGAAGUGCGAUGUAUGAAAUUGGUGCAGCAUCCAAAUGUAGUGCGGCUUUAUGAUGUAAUCGAUACACAAACUAAGUUAUACCUUAUUCUAGAACUGGGGGAUGGAGGGGAUAUGUACGAUUAUAUUAUUAAACAUGAAAACGGUGUGGACGAAGAAACGGCUAAAAAGUACUUUCGGCAGAUUGUGCAUGCAAUAUCUUAUUGUCAUAAACUACACGUUGUGCAUAGGGACCUCAAACCAGAGAAUGUUGUUUUCUUCGAAAAACUGGGUAUGGUCAAACUUACAGACUUCGGAUUCAGCAACAAAUUUUGUCCCGGACAAAAACUAGAGACUUCUUGUGGUUCGCUAGCCUAUUCAGCCCCUGAAAUUUUGCUCGGAGAUUCUUACGAUGCUCCUAAAGUUGAUGUGUGGAGUCUUGGUGUCAUUUUAUAUAUGCUGGUUUGUGGAAGAGCUCCUUUCCAGGAAGCAAAUGACAGUGAAACCCUGACAAUGAUAAUGGACUGUAAAUACACUGUUCCUCAACAUAUUUCCCCAGAAUGUAGAAGACUUAUUGGAGAAAUGUUAAUUCGGGAUCCUGAAAAACGGGCUUCAUUGGAGGAGAUUGCUAAUGAUCCUUGGCUCAAUGGUGGUGAUGCUAUCCAACCUGCGGACCAUUUACCUCUUAUAUCUAGAGAGCACCUUUCUGAUGAAGAUCACACACAUAUUGUUCAGAAGAUGGUAAAUGGCAAUAUAGCAUCUAAAGAAGAAAUUAUUGAAGCUCUUGAUAAAAAUGAAUAUAACCACAUCACCGCAACAUAUUUUCUCUUAGCUGAACGAAAACUUCGUGCCCAGCGUCAAGAAAGAGCCCAAAUGAUCAAUAGUCGUAUUUCCAGAACUGAUCUUUCUCCAGUAGCACUGACACCAAGUGUAUCUUCAGCCGUUCCUUCACCUGCUCAAGAAAAACCAAAUGCUUCAGUGGAAGGGCUUCUUUCACCUUGCAUCCCGUCCAAGACUCUUCAAGUUCAUGACUUUACUCCUCGAUUUGGUCUAGUUGACGUUUCGCCACGUUUUCCUGCAGAAACUUAUGCCAUUUCUCCAGGUGUACCUUUGCAACGAAAGUGUAGUAUUGUGAGAGAGGAAGACGAUGCAGGUAGCACUGCCAGUGGUGCUUCUUCACCAGCUAAAUCUCCAUCUAAUGAUAGUAAAAGUUUAAAGGAGCAGCUUGCAAAACUAGAAGAAGAUGGAAAUGAAGCCUCAAAUAAUUGCACAAAUAUAGAAAAGAAUUCUCCUGUAGCUAGACCAUCAUUUUCUUUGCCUGUAACUAAUCGUUCUGUUUUACUUCCUCCAGUUGAUAACAGAGUUUCAAAACUUUCUGCGACGUGUUUAGAAUCGACGUCUCGACGCAAAAGUGCAGGUCACAGUCGUAGGCUUCAUUCUGUUCAAAGCUCACCUCAGUUACCUUUAAAUGAAAUUAAUGAAGAUAAAGAUUCUGAAAGGACUUUGCGACUUGCGGCAGCUAGGAAAAAAUAUGUUGGCAAAUUGCAAUCUCGUAGUUCUGUAAUUUCACACGUUAUGAUAAAAAUAAUGGAACAGCAUCACAAAACUGAAAAGUCUAGUAAAAAUUCUGAUUCGGUUGAAACUGGUGACAAGAAAUCAAAUACGUCCAGUGAGGAUGGAAGUAAAGAUAAUUUAGGGGACAAGGAUUUAAAAUGUGUUUAUCCAAAACCAAAUUUUAAUUCCAAAGAUGAGUCCCUUGAAAUAAAAGAAUGUAACAGUUCUGAUAUCUGUAAGGGCCAACAAAUUAAGAAAACUGCUUUUGCACAUUCUGUGUUUUCUACUGAAAGCACUGAUAGCUUAGAUUUUUUAUCUGAUGAUCAGCCUCGCUUAACAAACUCUAUGAGUUGUGGAGACUUGUCUGCUGAUACUGGCCAGUUUGUUUCUCAUGAUAGAUCCAUUAUAGUCAGAUCAGACAGCAUUUCACUAACAGAGAUUCCACAAUUAUCAUCAGAUGAAAUUGUAGAGGAAAAGCCCCGUCAUAAAUCGUGUGUAGAUAGUACUCUUAAUAGGUAUACAUCUUCUAUUGGAAAUAGCCUCAGUUUAAACAGUGGUCUUAGCUCUCUGCAGAGGCAUAAGUUGAAUCUCAAAGGUGACCUCCACUCUUCACAGCCAGAUAAGAUUUCUGAUAAAAAUGGACGAGUUUCUACAUUAGGACGUCUAGUUCAUUCUGGAAGUCGUUCAUCUAAUAGACAGCGUCUUGACAUCAAUCAGAAUGGCUGGCGUAAAAAUGAAAGGAAAAAGGAUUUGUCUGGAAGUGGGAAGAGUAGGGGAAGCCAGCAAGCAGUUGUCGAUAUGAAACUAGCUUCCAAAUGUUGCAUGCUGUGUUAACAAAGAUUUAUCUUGUUAAAGUAGGAACUUUGUGAAAUUGACUUUUUAAAAGUUUACUCUCUCUCUGUCUCUGUUUAAUGGAGUCUUCCGUGAGAGUUAGUAAAUCAAAUCUUUGUUAUUAAUAGUGUCUCCUAUAACAACCAAACUUGUUGGAGAAGCUCAAAAUGCUGUUAUUGCUGUCAGGCAAAAUGAUAUUUGUAGUAGUUCAGAAAUAUACUCUAAAUGCAUUUUUCUGCAUAGUAAUACUAUAAGUUAAAAUCUUUUGUUGAAAAAGGUAAUCAAAUCGAUGCUAGUGUGACUUAUUUGAAACAAGUUAGCUUUAUUUCUUUGUAUGAUUAUAUGAAAAUUUUUCUUGCCAAAUGUUGAUAAUUUUCUACUGAGACACCCCUUUAUUUUUGCAUUUGUUUGUAACAUUUAAAAGUUCUAAAAACCAGCCUCUCAGAAACUAAUGUUCAUUGUAUAUUAUAUAGAAGGUUAUUAUUGUGAACCAUAGUUAGAAAAACUGAUGAAAAUUCAUAAAUACAGUAUAAUUAAUGCUAAGUUUUGUAAAAGAAAUUAUUACACUUUUUUCUUGCAUGUGGAAAUCAGGUUCUUGCCAUCCAUUUUAAAUAUCAAUAUUUUGCUUCUUCAAGAUUCACAUGAAAAUAUGGAUGACAAUAUCGUCAUUAUUUUUGUUUCAUGUUUUUAAGUGAUUGAUAUUUCUUCAUGCGUCCUACAUUGCCUCUGUUAUGACAGAUUAGGCAGCUUUUCAUAAAUUUUAAUCUUGAGAGGCCUUUACAUAAUUGUGUUUUAAGACAUCUGAAAUUGAUGUAUACGUUCUGAAAAGAAAUGUAUUGUGAAAAUAUGAGAUUUUAAACUAUUAAUUUUAAAGUUAGUUUAUUUUUUUAUUUGAAGUUUGUACAUUUUGAAGUAUUUUAAUUAAAGGACUAAUAUUUGAAAAAAAUUAAUUUCUUUAAAUGGAGAAUUAUUGUUCAGUUGAUUUUUUUAAAUGCAGAUCAAGUGUAGCACUUUAAUAAUAAUAGAGUAGAAGACUUAAAUUCCGUGCAACUUCAGGAAAAUUAGCCGAUAACAAGACAAAGUGUUGCUGAAAAAUGCACAUAUAAAUUAUGCUAAUGAAUUCAGCAAACUGCAAAUUUCUAAGACUGCAAAAUUUUAAACUAAAAAUUGGAUGUAAGGGAAAUGCCAAUGGUGGGAGGUGCUUUUUACUGCUUUUUCCCGGGAAAAUUGUUCUGAAGUGAAGAAAUUGAGUUAAAGCAGUGACGCUGACUACCGUAAUGGUGGGCCCUAGUUCAAAUCCCGAAGAAGGUAUGGGUAUUUGUAAGUGUGUAGUACGGUCAAAAGUCGUUAAUUUGGACACCCAUAAUCCGGACAUCAAAACUUCAAACUUUCUGCGCAUGCGUCGCUUUGACGCAUGCGCGUAAGGCCUUUACGGCUGAGAAUAUGCUUGUGC